AUGGCGUCCUCAGUGAAUGAGGCGCAGCGGAUGAUCGAUGAGCUGCUGUGGAAGGCAGCGCAAAACAACGCGCCUCAGGUCGUUGAAGAUUUGAUUCAAAAGCACCAAGCAAACAAGAAUCAGGCGGAGCGGGCCAUGGUGUACUUGGUGGGUUUGGGCAAUCUUGGCCAUUCAGAUAGCUCAAGCGGCUCAACCUGUGUCGUUUGGUUAGAAGUUGCAAUUCUACACCAGCUACGUGCCAGUUCCUUUCUCUGCUAUAUUUGA